GUGCACUGUCCUUCUUCGCUGAGACUCCUUCAUGAAGCCACGUGCUGCUGGUCUGCUGCUCCCUCCAGGUUUCCGAGACGUCCAAGGCUUUUACUGUCUCCUUUUGAGAUUCUCUUUCAGCUGUUUUUCAUUUUCACUCUCAGUUUCUGGUGUCAACGCUCAAAUCAGACUUUGCCUGCUGAGGAUGAUGAACUUUGGAAAUCAUGUGACCUGUAUCCCCUGUGCCGAUACUCUCAGUGCGUGGGAGGCUCUGAGGCUCAAACGUGCGUCUUGAUGGCGGGAGAUAAACGAAGAUAACCGAGGGGAGUAAUUUCAUCUUCAACCCCAUUUUUGGGAAAAAAAAAAGUUACCUCUGGGACUCCAAACCCAACCUAAAAAACUGCUAACUUGAACUUGAACAAUGGCGUCCUACACCCCAUCUCCCACGGAGGAAGGGGCCAACGGGGGCCCAACGUCUGCUAAACCUGAGAGCUCCGAGGAGUCCAUGAAGCUGAAGAAGGAGAUCUCCCUCCUGAACGGGGUCUGCCUCAUCGUGGGGAACAUGAUCGGCUCGGGGAUCUUCGUCUCGCCCAAGGGCGUCCUCAUCCACAGCGCCUCCUACGGCCUCUCCCUGGUGGUGUGGACCGUCGGUGGGAUCUUCUCCGUCUUCGGGGCCCUGUGCUACGCCGAGCUGGGGACCACCAUCACCAAAUCGGGGGCCUCCUACGCCUACAUCCUGGAGGCCUUUGGUGGGUUCCUGGCCUUCAUCCGUCUGUGGACGUCCCUGCUGAUCAUCGAGCCGACCAGCCAGGCCGUGAUCGCCAUCACGUUCUCCAACUACAUGGUGCAGCCCAUCUUCCCCACCUGUAUCGCGCCAUACGUGGCCAACAGGCUCCUGGCUGCCGCUUGUAUAUGUCUGCUGACCUUCGUGAACUGCGCCUACGUGAAGUGGGGCACCAGGGUGCAGGACUUCUUCACCUACGCCAAGGUCAUCGCCCUCAUCGCUGUCAUCAUCACCGGCCUGGUGAAGAUCGGACAAGGUUACACCCAGAACUUUGACGGUAUGUUUGACGGCUCCUCUCAGGACCCAGGACACAUCGCUCUGGCUCUGUACUCCGCUCUGUUCUCCUACUCCGGAUGGGACACGCUCAACUUCGUCACAGAGGAGAUCAAAAACCCAGAGAGGAAUCUUCCCCUGGCCAUCGCCAUCUCCAUGCCCAUCGUGACAGUGAUCUACAUCCUGACCAACGUGGCUUACUACACCGUCCUCCCCAUCAACGCCAUCUUAGACAGCGAUGCCGUCGCCGUGACCUUUGCAGAUCAGGUGUUUGGCGUGAUGAACUGGACCAUUCCUCUAGCAGUGGCUCUCUCCUGCUUCGGCGGGCUGAACGCCUCCAUCGUGGCGGCCUCCAGGUUGUUCUUCGUGGGCUCCAGAGAGGGACACCUACCUGACUUCCUGUGCAUGAUCCACGUCCAUCGCUACACUCCCAUUCCUGCCCUCCUCUUCAACGGCUUUAUGGCUCUUAUCUAUCUGUGCGUGGAAGACGUCUUCAGGCUGAUCAACUACUACAGCUUCAGCUACUGGUUCUUCGUUGGCUUAUCUAUCUUAGGGCAGCUCUACCUUCGCUGGAAGCAACCCGACAGAGAGAGACCGCUAAAGCUCAGCCUGAUCUACCCCAUCAUUUUCUGCCUCCUCACCAUCUUCCUGGUGGUGGUGCCCCUCUACAGCGACACCAUCAACUCUCUGAUCGGCAUCGGCAUCGCCCUGUCAGGAGUUCCUGUCUACUUCCUGUGCUGCUACACUCCGGCCACCAAGAGGCCGCUGUGGCUGCGCAGCUUCAUCGCUAAGUGUGGCAUCCUGAUUCAGAAAGUGUGCUACUCGGUUUUGACUGAGAUGGACGACAAAUCAGAGUAGAGACGUUUGCUUUCCACACCCUGACGGACGGAAGACGGAGUCUGAACUCUGCUGCUGCUGCUGAAAGGCCCCGCAGGACGAACAUCUGGGCCUGAGCUGGACGCAGCGCUCUGCCUCGUCAGCUAUCUCCAAGUUAUUGGGAAUUCGUUUCUCACGGCGGCCGGAGCAACUUCAGGAAGAACAUUGACAUGAACUCCAGAAGAAGUCCGCAUGUGCCUGAGCGUCUCAGUGAAGAAACAUUUAACUAAACCAAGUAUUUUGUGUGAAAUCACGGAAAUGUUUGAUUUUACUUAGAGGCUACAAAUUAUUGAUGAAUUUGUUUUUAAGUUAGGAUUUUUGAAACUGAAAGCACUGCUGACCGUACAAACAGCCUUAAUGUUAUUUGCACACAGAAGGAAGAGAAACUAAAUAAAGUGUGACUUUAUGUUUGUGAAAAUGUUUUAUAUUGUCAGCUGUGAGGUCUGCUAAGGGCUAUUUUUACAUAGAAACUGUAGAGUUUGAUCGUGUUCAGCUGGAAAAGUCUAUUUAUAAUAAAAAUUACUUUAAAACUUUAAACAACUCAGGUUUGUAUGUAAUAAGCAAAGAUUUGAUUGUGAGCACAAUAAAACAUUAUCAAACAUU